GCCAAAACGCAACGCAAACCGUUUGUUUGUUAUUUGCGCGCCGUUCUUCUACUGAUACGUUCUUUAACCAUGUCCCUCAGUAAAUUCUUCAAUUCUUUGGCUAAACAACUUUUUAAAAUUAAACCAUAUAAAAGUUUCAGAAAACAAAAAACAUGGCGUUCGUUUCCAAAUUCUCGCGCUUUUUCCCGCGCAUUCGGAACGCAAACUGCACCGGAUUUUGAUAGUACAAUUUUAAAUUCGCCUUGGGGUGAAAUUAAAGUUGGGAACGAAACUUUAACUGAAUAUGUGUUUAGUGAUUAUGAGCUAUGGGACGACAAACCAUCUGUGACAUGUGGCGUUUCUGGUCGUUCAUACCCAUACGGUAUGCUGAGGAUGAUGGUGGAGAAAUGCGCGAUGGCUCUCCUGGGACACAUGCGCCUGUCUCCUGGUGAACGUAUCGGGUUAAUUCUACCUAAUAUCCCGGAAUUCGCUGCUCUUAUACACGGUGCAAUCCGGGCAGGAUUAGUCGUUACUUUCGCUAACCCGUUGUAUACCGCCGAGGAAGUCCGGAGACAGUUUACGGAUUGUGGUGUCAAAGCCAUUGGGACUAUAGAGAUGUUUAUGCCACUCGCGCUCGAGGUCAGCAAGUCACUUAAGGACUACAAGGGAACUAUCUGGGUGGGAGGUGACGAUGAUAAAGUUAAAGGUAUAUUUGGUCUCCGUUCACUACUAAUGGCGGACCACACGACCGAUUUGCCGGAGUUGAACUGUGACGAGGUCUGUCUUAUUCCCUACUCCAGCGGCACAACUGGCAUGCCUAAAGGCGUAAUGCUGACACAUGCCAACCUCGUGUCCAAUUUGAAGCAGGCCAAGUGUCCCAAGAUCAUGAAGUAUCAAGGAGAAAAAGGGCACGGCGAUGUAAUCCUGACUGUUCCUCCGUUCUUCCAUAUCUACGGAUUCAAUGCAGUUCUCAACUACAACCUAAGUCUAGGUUACCACAUCGUUUCUAUACCUAAAUUCACUCCAGAAGACUACAUCAAAUGUUUAGUAGAAUACAAACCGACGACACUGUUCGUAGUGCCAUCUCUACUGGCCUUCCUCGCCACGCAUCCUCUGGUGAAGAAGGAACACCUGCAGUCAGUGCAGACAAUAAUGGUGGGUGCGGCCCCCACCACCGACAGCAUGCUAGAGAAAUUCCUGCUCAAAUGCGAAAAGACUAAAGACGAAAUCAAAUUGUUACAAGGUUACGGUAUGACAGAGAGCUCGCCUGUCACUUUGAUGACGCCAUACAUCUAUCCAUACAACAAGGUGGGGUCAGUGGGUCAGCUCAUACCCAGCACUCAGGCCCGCAUCGUCUCCCUCACUACUGGGGAUAACUUACACGCCCACAAGUCAGGGGAACUGUAUCUAAGGGGACCGCAGGUAAUGAAAGGUUACUGGAACAACGAGACGGCGACGCGGGAGACGGUGGACGACGAGGGCUGGCUGCACACUGGAGACGUCGCAUACUACGACGAGGACCACUACUUCUACAUCGUCGACCGCACCAAGGAGCUCAUCAAAGUUAAAGGCAACCAGGUAUCUCCAACAGAAAUAGAGAGCGUAAUAAUGGAACAACCUGAAGUAGCCGAUGUAGCUGUGGUAGGAAUACCUGAUGCUCUCGCGGGCGAAGUUCCCAAAGCAUUCGUAGUACUUAAAGCGAAUCAUAAACUAACAGAGAAACAAAUCUACGACGUUGUGGCACAAAAGUUAACCAAAUAUAAACACCUCGAAGGCGGUGUAGCAUUUCUACAUUCAAUACCAAGAAAUGCAGCUGGAAAAAUAUUGAGGAAUGAACUUAAAGUUCUAGGUUCAAAGAAGUAGGUUUAUUUAUAUAGUAAAUUGAUUCAGUGCACGUGCACUAUAUGUAGAUAUUUUUUUUGUAUAGUUAGUUAUGUUUGUAAUUUUAAGAUAGUA